AUGGAGUUGAGUUCAGUGAUCCUCACCACCGGGAGCUCGGUGGGAUUUUUCAGACUUGUCAACACCGGGUUCAGAAAGCUGCCCAUGCCUGAAUCUGCCUGCAGGAAUGCGUGGAAGUGGAGAAACAUCUCUGCGUCCUUCGUGCACAGCUGUAUCACUGCUAUAUGGGCAGUGCUUUGCUUUUUCCUUCACCCACAGAUGGCUGAAGAUUUGAUAGAAACUCACUCUGUGUUUUCUCACGCUUUGGUGUCCUUUUCUAUCGGUUACUUCAUCUAUGACUUCUUUGACAUGGUGGUGAACCAGAAGCUGACUCAGUCCUGGGAGCUUCUCUUUCAUCACAUCGUGGUCAUCACCUGUUUCGGCCUCUCUGUGCUGUCCUGCCGCUACAUUGGCUUUGCCGUGGUGGCCCUGCUGGUGGAGAUCAACUCUGUGUUCCUCCACCUCCGGCAAAUGCUGCGUAUGGCCGGCAAUGCUGUGGGCACUCUGUACCGGGUCAACAGCAUCAUCAACCUGGGCACGUACGUGGUGUUUCGCAUCAACACGCUGGCCUGGAUGACCCGCUGGCUGGUGAUCAACAGGGACAACGUGCCCCUGCUGGCCUACACACUGGGCAGCGUGGGGAUGGCCAUCAUGACGGCCAUGAACAUUGUCCUGUUUUGUCGGCUGCUCAGGAGCGACUUUUUGAAGAGCAGCGCCCGGGAGAACAAGAAAGACAAGGAGAUGUAA